AAUGAAAGAGGUACCACAGGGUGUAGGCAGGUUGCCAGGCGAGCUCGGCAGCGUGACCGCACUGCAUUGAGUUUCUUUAAUGAAAGCCAGGAAAGAACACAUUACACAGUGUUUCUUCUGCGAGCUCGCUAGCCUCCAGUGAUUGAAAUCAAUAAAAACAGUCGGCAAGGGGCCCAGUGGGGGAAGAGAGAAAUCUCCACUACAGCAUUCAGUUUGCUUUCCACUUUCUCCCUCCCCCCUGAAGUUAAACUCUGAAGCUCACCAUGACAAGUGGCUUCGCUUUCAGUGCUCGGCAGACUCUGGUGGGGAUUUAAAGGAAGCGAGCGCUCCAGUUCCCCUCACUGCCUUCGCCCUCACCACUCCGCCGCGAAAAUGAAAGGCUGGCUUUGAAUUCGGGUCCUGCCUGGAGAAAGUUCCUGGGGCAAGUGCACCGCUCGGCAUCUCAGGAGAGGGAUGAGUUCUGCAGUUGGAGGAUGUUAGAAGGUGAGAGGGGAAGGAGGAGGAAUCCGAGGCAGCGAGAGCCCGCGGCCAGGCGAGGAUGUCAACCGCGGCGGAGGGGACCUCUGGAUCUGCGGGACUGACCGCGAGCAAACGGCCCCGAUCGCUGACAGCCGCGUCCUAAGGCAGCCAAAACGCUCGCCUACACGUGAGCAAAGCGCAGACCCAGUGGUUCAAUCUUCGACUGACAUUCUUCUGUGCUGCACAUCACAGAAAUGAGAGAUUGGAGUUUCUGCUGAGCUUACUUUCUAAAGGUUCUGGUUCGAUGGGCAAAAUGCUUCUGCCAGCCAUCCAGAAGCUGCAAGGGGGUGCCUACCAGAGACUCUUUGGGAAUUCAGUGAUACAGCGAAAGUCGGGAAGAGGUGGAGCAGGAGACCAGUCAUACUCACUCAUCUGAUACUUGGGCACUGCGAUAAGGGAACAACACAACCAAGCGUACAGAGUUAACCCCUGCAGAGCCCUGGGCAGCCGCUGCAACCCAGCUCCUGCUGAGGCUGCCCUAUGGGGGCAUGAACAGCAGGAAAGGGAUGGAUUUAGCUGGGAUGGCAGAUGUGCCUGGCAGACAGCAUCCAUCUCUGAAUGUGGGACAGAAGAAAUUCCUUCAGUUCCAGUCUGACAGAAGACACAGUUCUGAACCUGAAGACACAGUGUUGAAAAGACAGUUGCCAUUACCUAAAAAUAAGUUUUCCUCUUUCUUCCAAACGAGCACCCGAACUCGCUUGAUGCUUACUGAUUUGUUGACAGCAAUUUGCAGAGAACUUAGUUCUGGCAUGGCCUUAAAUGCACUCGGUUUCCCAAAGAAAUGAACAAUCUAAACAAAAUGUGCAGCUGAAAAAUUGUUAAUAUUUUAUAUUAGAGGGAAUGAUAUAUAUUUAUAUAGCAAUAAUAAAAUCAUAUAAACAAACCGUUGAAACAGAAGCAAAAAAAUUGCAUUUAUUUAGUGGGCUGCUACCAGGCCAGCAGCAGUAAGCAGUUUAUCACAGAAGUGGGAGCUGAAUGACACCGCAGCUAUAAGGCAGGGUGAUUUACCACAACGCUGGUGCUUAUAGAAUGAGAGAAUAAACAACUGAUGGUGGCUGCGAACAUCUGCCGAACAAUAAAAAGGGUCACAAAGCAAGUGAGAGGGGCCCAUGGGAAGGAGCUGAAUUUUGAAGUGUUCUGAAGUAGCCAUGCAUUCAGAGUUUCUGGAAAAGCAGCAAGAUGAAUGAAUGAUGUCUAAGAAUGACUUCAGAAGCAUGAGCAACUGUGUCCUCACUCCACAUGUGACAGAAAUACACCGUGACUGCUGACAUGCAGGUCUUGUUGCUGGCUUGACAUGCCUAAGAAUGUAUCCGAGGCAGCUUGGGAUGUCUCUUAAGAAAGUGAUAGAGAAGAAAAGAAGUGAAGAAUGUAAUACUGAGAACCCCUGUGAGGGGUAUAACACUAUACGUGUGUUAUAUGAGCAAACGGUGAUGGGGGGUGCAGUGCUAACUGGAAUGGAGCCAUCAGGGAGAGAGAGAGAGGGGAAAACAAGGGCCAGACAGAUGUGAAACACAAGAUUUUUGAAAAAACAGAGGAAAACGUAUGUAAGCAUUUACAUCUGGGCGGAAGGAACUCUGAAGGACUAAGACGGGACUGAAGGGAGGCAGUAAGCUGCAAGGCUGGAAACAGGCUCACAGCACUCCAAUUGCGCAUAGCGAAGUGGGGGUAGGCAGCAGUUGGAUGGGCUGAGUCAAAGGUUAGGUUUUGUUUGUUUGUUCAAAUCACUGUGCUAAAAAAAGGAGCCAAAGAUAAAGGUGCAGUCAGUGGGAGGGGGUGGCCACAAGGCCUGCUGUGCCCCUGAAUUCACUUGCCAGGGCUGGCAACCCUGUGCUCCCUCUGGCAGGACCGUGUUAGAAAGUGCUCAGACUGAAGGAAGAAAACCACCCCUGUUCCCACUGACCUCCUCUUGCUUUUUUAUUAGUACUUUUUGAACAACCAAGACAGAAUGAUAGAUUUAAUGCUGCUUUAUACAUCAUUUAUUCUUGCAAUUUAGUCAUGGCUUCUUUCACGUUAUACUGCAGGGAAUUAACUACAUUAUAAAAUGAAACCUGUAUCAAUUAUAAGUAUACCACCUGUCAAACUGGUCAAUGAUUGCACCACGAAGGCAUAAAUGAUAGGGUUGGAAGAGGCCUGUUUUUCAGCCCAGCAUCAAGCAGGAUUUUCUUCUACACUAAGGUUAAAAGCAUUUUAUCUGAGCUGUAUCAUUAUAUUAUAAACAAUAGCAACUCAGCGACUGCACAAGGAAGGUGGAUUUGGACCUUACUUGCCUGCACUGCUGCAUUUUUUCUCCUCUCGUCUAACCUGGGCAAUCUAGUUUUACUUUUCUGUAUAUCCAGCCAACAACUCUUCUGUUAAUCCCUAUGGCAUGUAUGUAAACUAGUUAGCCAAAAAAAAUGUCAUGUUAUUCAGACUUUGAGGUAACAGCAGCAUGACACGGCUUUCUCUUGCGCUUGAGAUUUCAGAGGGCGCUCCUCUUGAGGCCCAACUAAUUGCAGGUAUGCUACUUUUCAGAAAUACCAAUCAUCCAUUAUUUAAAUUGUUAGGGAUUAAUCCAUAAAUAAUAUUUAGCACGUCACUUUCUAAAAGCACCUUACAAACCCUGAUGAGUAGCUGACAAUCUACUAAGUCAUGGCUCAUGCAUAUAUGCACAGGUCUGGCAAAGCCCUUUAGUUCUCUCAUCUUCCACCCGAACAAGCCUGUGCGGUGGAGCAAAGCUCUGUUCAGCCUUUCCUGUGCAAUACUCCUUGUUUUCGGUCUCUGUACAAAUUAAGAGAUCCUUUGGGAACUCUAGAAGAGAAAGUAUGAAUCUUAGGCCUCUUUAGAGAUUUCAUUUGUUGGCAACAGCUUUAUUAGCUACAUAUAGCUUGUAAUGAUACUACAGCUUGUCAAAAUGCAUAUUCAGAGGUCAGAUUACCUAGGUAAGAGCUAUUUCAUGUAUAGAUGAUAACUCAACAGGGCCAGUAGACUAAAGCAUUUAUUUUUCUAAACUGCACAGUAUGAGACAGUGCUACAGUAGGAUAAAGGUGUGUGUGUGUGUUUUGUUUCUUUUUACAUCAAAUAAAAUAAUCAGUGCAGAAUGGUCAUGCUUGAAACUGUUAACCAACCUGCUCUGCAACUUGGUGCUGCCCUAUGUAUUUCUGAAGAAAACGACUGAUUACAGCUAUGGACUCUAUAGUAGAACAAAGCAGCACUUGAUUUUUUCUUACUCAUUAACUGAAGUUUACUUUAUGCAUUUUUUCUACAAUAAUUUUUGCCACCAAGUGCUCUUAACUUUUUGCAUGUUGUAAGAAAUUUUCCUCAAGUCUAUGUGUAGAUUUUUAUCUAAAUAAAAUCCCCAUUAAUUUUUAUGACAUGUAAAAAAACUGGCUUCCAUCCAGCUAUCCAAGCUUUAGAAGUACUUCUAUGCUAAUACCUUGCCUACUUUGCUGUUUCCCCAGCGAACUUCAGAUGAUUAAAGUCCUUCUGAAGUUUUGAGGCAGCCAAGACUGGAUGGCACAGUCUGUAACACAGUUAUUCAUGGCAUGUUUAAUUUUGUCUGUGGACUACAUAUCAAAAAGAAAUAUAUGAAUCCUCUGCUAUUUAGGCGCUACAGUGGCUUUACAACAUUCAUAGUGAAUUGUUAGGUAUGGAACAAGAAGCACUGACCUUGUCUAUAAAAACAAACUGCACUGAAAAGGGCAACUCAACACAGACUAACCAUUUUUAGCGUUUCUCUGGUAUUUACCCCAUAAACACCUGCUUAAUUUAAUUUUUAAUUAGUGGAUUUUUCUUUGCUGUUUAUCUGCUGCAGAAUGAGAACUCAGAAUCUCUAAAUAUAAGGUAAAUAGUUUAGGAAAAUGGGGGCAGCUCUCAGUUUCAGUUGUCACUAUCCAUUAAACCAUACUUUGAUGGAGGAAAUGACUUCAGUUUGUGAGCCUGAGGAGUUCCCAUACGACCAACAGAACAUCCACAGUACACAGUUCAAUAUGCAAUAAACUAUCACUCCACAGCACAAAACUUUUCAAAAGACAGCAUGAACAUGCUUCAUUUUAAGGAUAGAGAGUACAUACAUCAUUAAUUGUGUGUGGUGUGAAUACUGGGCACAACCCUCUGUUCAACUUACCAAAAAAAGGAGACAGCGCGGAAUCCCUAACACCAUCACAAAGUGAGGACCGGUCUUAUUUUAAUCCCUCUUCUCAACACCAAAGCCAUCUCCACAUUCAAACACCCAGAAACUCGUCUUCCUACCUGCUACAAGUCACCUUUGUAAAGCAGGACAAGCACUUGGGUGAUUCUUAACACAAUAUUCUGCCUGUCCAGGAUGUAUCGCCUAGAAAACUGAAACAUCAAUGCUGUAUAUUCUUACCACAGGUUAAAAAUAAAGCACAUGCUCUUGCACAAGAGCUGUCGGUGGCAGGGAAGGGGCUCUCAAACGUCUCCAUCUGAUAGUCCCCUGCCAGCUUUGCUCGCUGCUGCAGCCCCAGCAUUGCCUGCCGUGAAUGAGAAGCCCUGCGGCUGAGCGCACCCCAGCAGCUCGCUCGGCUGCCAGCCCGGCCUCUCACUUCUGGAAAAAAAGGGCUGUAAACAGCGAAAGGGAGGGGCCUGGCGGUGCACAAACUUGUGAGUAAGUCACCGGGGGAAAAACAAGUGCAGCGUGCGGCGCGCCGUGGGGCGGCAGGCGAUGUGCCCCCGGAGAAGAAGGCCGAGGCGUCUCGUCAGGCUCCCCUCAUCGCAGACGGGGCGCCCGCGGGUCCCGCGGCACGGAGGAACGUGAGAUGGAGCGGGAGGAAAGCUGGUAACCAGCAGAGAAGAUACAAGAGCUAAAAUCACUAUGUGGAGCUGUGAAACCUUAAAUAGUACCGAGAACAGUGUGGACCAGCAUCUCUGCCAUGACUUCCACUUUGUGCUUUCCAUCUUGUCCCUACUCUACCUCAUUAUAUGUUUCCCAAUUAGCCUUUGCUACAAUGGCUUGCUGGUCCUGGUUAAUCUGUAUAACAAAGCAACUAUGACGAUGCCAGACGUUUACUUUGUCAACAUAGCCAUUGCCGGUCUCAUCAUCAACACCCUGGCACCAAUGUACCUUCUAGGUCUUGCCAAUACAAAAUGGGCCAUCUGGAAUUCUAACAACGAAGUUUAUAUCACCUUGCUUAUUUUAUUCAACGUCUCAUCUUUAGUUACCAUGUACUCUACGACGUUACUCAGUCUGGACUACUACAUUGAACGCGCUCUACCUAGAACUUAUAUGUCAAGUGUGUACAACACCAAGCAUGUCUGUGGAUUCAUAUGGGGUGGAGCCAUGCUGACAAGUUUCUCAUCUCUUCUGUUCUACGUCUGCAAUCACGUAUCCACUAAAAUAAUUGAAUGUUCCAAGAUGCAGAACAAAGAGGCAGCAGAUGCCAUCAUGGUCUUUAUCGGGUAUGUUGUACCAGCUGUCGCGGUACUCUAUGCACUUAUAUUGAUCUUGCGAAUACGCAAAGAGGCUACACCACUGGAUCAAGACACUGGACGAUUAGAUCCAUCAGUGCACAGGCUUUUGAUUGCCACAGUCUGUACACAGUUCACCUUAUGGACACCCUAUUAUGUUACCCUUUUGGUAAGCACAUUUACUUAUGCACAAGGAAGAUUUGCAGAUGAAAAUUACAGUCGAAUAUUACAUUUUACCAAGAUUUUAUCCAAAUUCUUGGCUUUCUCAAGCAGCUUUGUAAUGCCUCUGCUCUACAGAUACAUUAACAAAAACUUUCCUAACAAACUACGACGUUUGCUUAAAAAGAUACACUGUGGAAGUCAAGGGUGUUCACACGAACGCACAGUGGUACAGCAAGUUAUGACAUAGGUAUAAAAAAACACUGGUGCUGUUACUGCAGGACGUAGUAUACCAGCAUACCAGCACUCAGACUGCUACUGCUGUGUGGGCACCCAAAGUCACUGAUGUGACAGUCCCAACCAGGAGACUUGGAGGAGCCUUGGAGGAGCCUUCAAUUAAUGAAACAGUCUUAAUUUUCAAAUAGUUAAUUAUUUGCUGAGAUCUUGUAAGACUCUGGCCUAUGUGCUGUAAUUCCUGUGACACCUAAUAUUUUCAGUGCACUGAACUGGUUACAAAGCGUAAGCUCUGUCUUCAUCAUUCUAAUAUUCUUGUCUGAAGAAAUCGCUAAGCAGUUUAUUGAAGUACUGACCGAAUACACAGCACCUUGUAUCUUGUAGAGGAAAAGGUAUUACCUUAUUUUCUGUACAAAGAAUUAACAGUGCUAUUCUUGAUGAAGUAAAUAGUAUUUUUCAAUGAAGAUGAUAUAAUGAUCUUUACUAAAGAUCAUUUUAUCCAAUUAUACAUGUCCAAAUAGUAAAUGUUAAUUAUAAAUUAAAUUAUUUAAUUUCUUUCUCCGUCACUGAAUUCCCUCUAAAAGAUCUCUAAUUUACUAUUUUCAGAAAUUAUAUUCUCACACAAACUAACCUAAGUUUUUAACAUGUGCGGUAAAUCUUUUUUUUUUUAGAUAUAACAAUUAACAAAAACUUGUUUAUUCUUCCAGUGCUUUGUUGGCAUCCUAAGACAUUUCAAGAAUUCAGAAAUAUUUAUUAACUAAUUCUAGGGGAACUGAGAGAUGUUUAUCCCACAUAUUAAAAUGAAGGACACAGUGGUUUACAAAGUUAAAUCAAAAUUCAAGUAGUAAAGAACGUCUGGCUAAGUGUUAUGGUCCACAUAUGUUCAUGUAACAAGAGUAAUUGUCUUAAAAAUAAAUAUGUUUAUGAUUAACAUUUUGUAUUUUCAAGGGAUAUGUUUGCAACAAAUCAAUUGAAAUCUCUUUAAUCUAGGGCAUCACUGGAAGUUUGGAAACCAUACAAAAUCCUUCAAUACUUACAAGAUUUUAAAAUGGGAGUGAUAGGUAUAAAUUCCAGUCAAGAUCAGCUUUUUGCUGACCUGUGAAAAAUGGACUGCCUCCCAAUGUGAUUCUUGAAUACACAGUAAAAGUAUAGUUUCUGUAUUUCACAAUGGGGAUGAAGAAAUCCAAUCCAGAUUGCCAAAUUCUACAGAGUGUAUGAAAUACAUGAGAAAUACAAACGUUGCUGCAGGAAAAAAAAACUAAAGUUACUCACAAUAGCAAACUGAAUUGCUGCCCCUGUAGCUGUUGCUGCGUUGUUAAUAAUGGACGGGGUAGAAGUUAAUCUGAUAUUCUCCCACCAGCCUGGGGACAGCGAGGCAUCUUUGUCACUGACCCUGCAAUAAAUCAUUUCAUUACUUCAUCCAUCACAACACAGCUUACUCCACAUGACUUCAAUCAACAACUGUGGCAUGUUGAGCCUCUGGUAUGGAAAAACCAUGGAGUAGAAACAGAAUUAAACCUUUUCCAUUGCACAAUCUUAUCUCAUAAUUGACCCUAAUUUAUCAGCAUGGAGACAUGCUUCAGUUUUACGUGGGAAGGGGAUGAGGAACAGUCUUUUCAGAUCUUCCUUCUUUUCCGUGUUACCCAAGCCAUUUCUUCCCACAGCCAUUUUUGCUUAUCUGAUUCAUAUACAAUCAUCCCUUAAGUUACCAACAUCCCAGUGGAAGACUCUUUAGUUUUCAAGAGCAUUUCAUAUCUUAGUGAAUCUGGUUAACCCUUAGAACCCUAUACAGUAAGUCAUUUAUUUCGGUGGUGGUUUCUCCCUGUGAAAGCUAGCCAGCACAAUUACACCACUUUACUUCAUAGCUUUAGCCUGCUGAUUAAAACCACGUCAAGGAAGGAAGCCUUUCCUUAUCGCUGUGUCCAAUUCACACACUGAUUUAUGCCUCUAUGCCAACACAAUACUGGCUUUUUUUUUUGGAAACCAUUGGGUUUUUGUUUUGUUUCUUCUCUUGAGAGGUUCUAAGUAUUGCGAGCUACACUCACUGUAAGCAUUCAAGCACUCACUUCCACCCAAGUUCCCCAGAAACCCUUCCUUGGAACCAUUGAACAAAUUGGCUCUUCAUCCCACCCAAGGGAUCCCAGGCUCCCUCAAGCACCACGUUAAAUCUCUCACGUAAAAGCUGUUAAAGAAAUUCUGACCCAUUACGCAGGAAGACGAAUUCCAGCCGGGAGGAACUGGCUUAUCUGGUGCGAGUGGAGGAUCCCAGAACUGGGACCCUGCCAGGACGGAGGGGCUGAGCAGGCAGCACUAGGGGCAAGUUUAACUCAUAUGCUGCUUUCUUGCUUCCAUUUCCCCCUUCUCCUACGACACCUUACUUUCUGUGCCUCACGGACUGUUGCAUUUAUUUCUGUUCCUUUCUCCCUGCACUAAAUUCCUGGUUUCAGAUCAUGUCUCUCAUCAUCUUUCUUCAUUUUUUUUCCUCAUCUUUUUCAGUUCUCUAUCUAAAUGUGCUACUUUAUUUAAUUUUUAUUUUGCUCCUCUGAUGCCUUUCAUGCUUGGUCCUUUACACUUGAGACUGUGCACCACUCACAUUUAGCUGCUAGACUGACUCUGUCACACCCACACAAAUUCCACCCAGUGAUUUGACAUUACAAAUGCAACUGCUCAGAAAAAUGGAAGCUGCUACUAGAGAUGGAGAAAGAGCAAGUUUUAUAUAAUUUACCCCUGAAACCUCAAUUGUGAUUUUUUUCCUAAAGAUCCUUCUUUAGAAAGACCAGAGUUGAGCAGCAGAGCUGAGUAUGUUUGUGUGUAUCCUUGAUAAUACAUUAAAUGUGAUGGCAAUCGUGUAGGCAAGCAGGUUUUAUAUUUCAAUGAACAAAACUGAUACAAACUCAGAUUUUUAAGAGUUAAUUUGGUAUAUUAGUUGCCUCAAAGAAACUGUGCCAUGCAACUGACUGCUACUGUAAGGAAAUUCAGAACUUAAUUUCAGUGCCCUCACAUGGUAUCUCUUCAAAAGCAAUAUCCCACAAAGCAAAAACUUUGCAAUAUUUAUAUAAAAACAGUACACGAGCAAGUACAUUAAAAUACUCAAGGAAAUGCACAGUAACAUAACUAUAGAGGAACUUUUAUGAGCAAAUCUUUAACAUACCAAGUUCUCAAGAACGGGUCCUUUUCCAUUUCAAUACCCGAAGGUUUCUGGUAACUUUGUAAAUAGGGGCUUGUCUAUUUUGCUUUUAAUUAAAUAUGAAUAAAAUACUGUAUAUAUGCAAGAUAAAAAUCAGCCUACUGAUGUAAAAAGAAUUUGCAAAGAAUUUAUUAAAUUAUUUCUCAAAGUGUAUCGUUUAAAUGUAAACCUCUGAACAGUAAGGUGUACUGUAUGUUUCUGUGUGUAUAUACUGUACAUUAGAAAGAAAGCACUACUUAAGUGCCAUUAUUAACAGUGUUAUUUUCUCACAAAAUUAAACUUAAUAUUUGAGAUGAUCUAUGGCUUACAGCCCUCUUCCUGACUAUCCAAUUAAGUCAAAUCAGUGAACUAACAAAGAUGUUUGUCUCUGCUUCUGCUGAAGGUACUAACGUAGCUAGUUUAAAACAGUUUCAUGUUGCUUCACCUAGCAGGGGCCCUGGCUUCCAAAGUUUCCAUCUGAGAAUCAAGCUGAGGUGGUCUCUGAAGGCACAAUGUUCAGUUAAUGAAAGAACGUGACCAACCACUAGAAAAUUUCUGGUUCUACUUAAAACAAAGAGCUGUGGUCUUCCAUGUUAUAUCAAAAAACUACAGGAAUGGACUUCAGGCAAAGCUUCACAAAUAAACUACUGGCUCAUAAGAAUAAAAAAUAUUAAAGCCUAUGUGGUCAGUAAGAGGUGUGAUUUUUGGGGGUCCUUCUUGAUAGAAAGCCUGUUGUAGACAAGGUUAAACCUGUGCUGCUUCACUGAAUCACAGCAUCAUAAGCUGCAUGACUUGGAUGUCAAACCAGGCAUGUUAAAUUAUCAGAUUUUCUAGGUCAUAAUUUUUAUAUCAUUAAUAUCUAAUUAUGCAUCGGCAUGAAGUUAGCUGUGAAUGAAGGUAAAAUGGCACACACGCCCCAGCUUUUUUCAGCAUAAAGAAUCCUGCAACUCAUGGGCCAGUAAUUUGUGCCAGAAAUACAGGGCUGGUGACUAACGCGUACGUUGGCCAUGUCCUUGUCGCUUCCUCCUCUCUCUGCUGUCACAACUGAGAUGCUGGAAAUCAGCUCCCUGCAGAAAUUGGUUCCCUGAAGAACUUAAUAUAAGCACCAAUACGUCUGACACCCCAAAGAAAACUUAGCUCUAGGAGGGUAAUAUGCUCCGUCAUACAUUUAUUACUGCACAUAACCAGAGACCAGCCACCAAGGAUCAGUUAGUUAACACAACAUAUGAAAAUAUUUUCAUGGGCGUACUUUCAAAGUUAUUAAUUAGUUCCCUUUGAAUUUUCUGUAAAGCAUCAGAUGAUGACAUGUAAAAGUAAACUACUUUAAAUGGUUAUUGGUACAUUCCUUGUAGAAAAAAACAGGCCAAGGCACUACUUCUGGGUGCUGUCUCAGUGAAAAAUAAAUCAAAAUGCUAACCGUG